AUGCCCGACUCGCGCAGCAGCGGGCAUCUCGGCCGCCGGCUGAGUUCAAGGGGUUUUUCUCCUGCUUCAGGCGAACGGAGUGACAGGAGCACAAGCCAAUCUCCUUCUCGUGUGUCUGGGGGCCCCCUGAGUCCUCUGGGGGCCCUUCGUGAGUCUUCCAGCGCGUUUGAGGGCGCAGACGAAGGCAUUUCUGUUGUCAGCACCAUUGCUCAGCGAGGUGUCCGUACACCGCAGCAUUGUGAAUCCCCUAGUGGUGGUGGUGGUGCCUGUGGCGGAGGUGCUGGUGCUUCUAGCUCUGCUGCUGCAGCACCAAGUGUAGCGAAGCGUAUUGCUUUCGCUUGUGUAGCGUUAUCAUCUUAUGUCUUGUUGUCUAUUCUAACUGUCUUCUGGACGAAGCAUCUGGUUGGAGGGAAGGUUCCUAUUCCUUUGUUUUUAUCAUGGGUUCAGCAAGCAGUAGGAUUGGUGUUAUAUUCGGGUGUAUCUGCAGCUGUAGCUGCUGUUUGUAACGAUCGAUGGGCGAGGGUACAGGUUAGCGUCUAUCAGGUUGCCCGAUCUUUAACUCUUGUAUUUUCUUUACUUCUUUCUGUUUGCUGGCUUAAGCAAAGAGUUACAAAAGGAGAAGCAGCUGCAUGCAUUCUUGUAGCUCUAGGUUUUGCUUUAAUGACAGCUGUGGGAUCCGAUCCCGCCUUCUUAAGCGGCUUCUUCUUAGGUGCUCUUGCUUCUCUCUUUCAAGCAACUUACACUGUACAUAUGAAGGCUACUCUAUUAUUUAUUCAGCAGCAGACAUGUCAGUACACCCCAAGCAUCAGCAAAACAAACGCAGCAUACCAAGCCCUUACAAACGAUGCUGCAGCUAAUGCAGCAGCAACAGACGACCCUCCACCAGACGCAGCAGCAACACCCAAUGCAGCAGCAGCAGCAGCAGCAGCAGCAGCAGCAGCAACGAACACCGCGCCUUCAUCACCAUCUGAAGCAGCAGCGGCAGAAGAUAAGCAGCACAAAAGAAAUAUAAUGAAUGCAUCUUCUCCUAGAAAUGCAAUUGUAGAUCUCGAGGCCUCUGGUGCUGCUGGCGCCCUCAGAGACGCAAAGUGGAGCUUCACUGAGUCGCCCGACAGCAGCAGCAGCAGCCUGCAGCAGCAGCAGCAGCAGCAGCAGCAACAGCAGCAGCAGGAGCAGCAGCAGGAAGGAAGGAAAGGGCGGCCUACGCGUUUAUCUAAUUUAGCAGAAAUAGAAUCUGUCUCCCCUUUAGUUGUGGCUGGGUCUCCUAAGCAUGAAGAGGGAGUCGUAACAUUUGUGCUGGGUACGAGUAUCUUCUGGACAGUUUCUUUAACGUCUCCUCUUUCUUUUUCUGUUGCUGGAUAUGUAAAGACCCUGCUGCAAGUUGCUGUUGCAAUGGCGGUGUGGGCAGCAGCAGCUGGUGCUGCAGCAGCAGAGGGUGCAGCAGCAGCUGGUGCUGCAGCAGCAGAUGGCGCAGCUGCAGCAGCAGCAGAUGGUGCAGCAGCAGCAGCAGCGGCAGCAGCUGGUGCUGCUGAGUUGCUGCAGUUGCUGCAGCUGCUGGUGCAGCUGCAGCAGGAGGGGGAGAAGCAGCAGCAGCAGAAGUAA